AUGGCCUCCCGAGAAAUUGAUAUCGCAGAGCAGGGCACAGCCUCAGAAGCUGGUAGCCCAGGAAGCAUGGCAGAACCAGAGGAGGCAAACGCUUCUGCCUACCCGCCCACUGACGGACUACCCACCUACCAGAUGGAAACACAAGCCCUUGGGGCCGUCCAGAUCCUAACUGGAGUACUGGUUCUGGCUCUUGGCGCCAUUCUGGGCACGCUACAGUACCUAUCGAAUGUCCGACAUGCCUUUUUCUAUACCUUCUACGUAGGGUACCCAUUCUGGGGUGCCGUGUUUUAUAUUAGUUCAGGAUCCAUCUCUGUUGCAGCUGGCAGAAAACCCACAAAAACAUUGGUGCAAAAUGCCUUUGGGAUAAACAUUUCCAGUGCUGCAAUUGCACUAACUGGAGUUAUUUUCCUCUCACUGAAUUUAGCAAUUAAUAUUAAGUCACUCCAGAGCUGUCAGUCAUCGCAGUCAAAGGACUUAUGCAUUUCCAUGGGAUCCUCAUCAACUGGCCUCGUGUGUCUAAUGCUGAUGUUGACCUUGCUGGAAUUAGGCAUCACCAUGUAUAUCACUAUCAUGUGGUUCAAAGUAAACUGCUGUAAUUCAAGACAGCAUGCUACUCUACAUGUCUAUCCACUCAUAAAGCUUUUUAAAGGCACUUAUGACAUCGACAUGAUUGAACAGGAACAUGAGAGAAAGAUCUAG